GUGUGUGAGGAAACGACGGACGAAGACGGAGCCCGUAAUUUGCAAACCACCAGUUCAUCAACCGCCGGCGAGAUGGGAACGGGCCCAGCGCCACAAGGGAAAAGAAGUGGCGGAGCUCCUGAGUGGACACCAGGGGAAACUAAACUCCUAUUAGACUAUCACUAUAAAUACUUCCCUGAAGUUGGCCCUUUCAAAAAGUAUAAAAACAAGAAGAUGCUUUUUAAACAGGUUUCCCAGGAUCUGGCUGAUGUGCUUGGAGGCAGCAAAACGCCACAGCAAUGUGAAAAUCGCGUAAAAACGGUAAUAAGGCAAAAGAGAAAAGCGUGCGAUAAUAACAAGUCCGGUGCUCAACCUUGCCCUGUCCCAUUCGACGAUGAAAUGCGAAAAAUUGAAAGCAUUGACGACAGCCUCGAGCCCGAAGUCCAAAGGGACUCUUAUGGAGCGACGUACAAGGCAACUUCAUCAAGUUCUGACAGCUCAGCUGAUGUACCCUCAACUUCACCUGAAAUCUCCAGUACUCCGGCGAGUGGUUCAGACAGUGGGAAAAGCACAAAAGGGCCAGCAGACACCAAGAAAAGGAAACUUCGCGCUAGUACCAGUCGUAUGCAGCAGAUGCAAUAUUUUUUUUGACCAAAUGCGAGCUAUUAGUGCAGAGCGAGCGGCUCGCAGGGAAGAGCUAGAAAAAGAAAAGGACAUGAGGCGUUGCGAGCUCAGCGCAUUCAAGAACGCCAGGAGCGCCGCAAGAAGACAAACUUCAGCUCAUCCGCGAGGCCCUGGGGUUCAAGCAAUAAAGAGGUGCACUUUGAAAAAA